AUGGCAUCCUUAUUAAGAAAUCUCAUACGACCUGGCCAGGGAAGUUUUUGUUUACAUCAACGAAUUCCCAUGCUAGCAGCGGAAGCCCUGAACCCCAAAAACUAUUCAAAAGCCGCAUCCUCACCCACUACCUCGUCGGAUCAACAACUUGUUAUCAGUGAUUCAUGUCUCAAGCGGCUAAAGGAAAUAUGUGGAGAUGGUAGCUUUUUACGUAUCACCGUAGAGGGUGGUGGCUGCUCAGGAUUUCAAUAUAAAUUUGAUCUGGACACCAAAUUAAACGACGACGAUUUACAAUUUGGUAAAGAUGAUGCCAAAGUUGUCAUCGAUACGGUUUCGUUGGAAUAUUGUAAUGGUGCCACCGUCGACUAUCAUACAGAAUUAAUUCGUUCCGGUUUUCGUAUGCUGGCCAAUCCGAAAGCUGAACAGGGCUGUUCUUGUGGAUCAUCGUUUGCCAUAAAAUUGGACUAGA